AUGCCGUGCGUGGACGCGUGGGCGGCGUCUGACGACGACGAUGCGGGCGACGACUCACGCGAAGACGACUGCGUGCAGCACGUUUCCGACGCCGACGUCGAGCGACGCAAGCAUCACAACGCCGGAUACCUCGAAGGCUUGGAAGAGGGGAAAGCAGAAACUAUUCAGAGCGGGUUUAACGAAGGUUUCCUCGACGGUGGCAAGGCUGGGUUCGCGUAUGGGCAGUUGAAGGGCGCGGCGCGCGCGUUACGCAUCUUCGGUGGACGAGUGAGUGGGUCCGAAACGUGGGCCGCGACGAUCAAGGACAGCGAAGAGUAUUUCACGAAAACCACGACGGUUCGAGCGCUGAAAGCUGCGCAUGCGGAAUCGCUAGAUGACGAGGUUCGUGAUUUUACGAACGCGCUGUCUGCGGUGCAGACGGCGGUUGAGUCGACCGGAGUGGUUCUGCGCAAGUACCCCGAGGGGAGUAGCUCGACGGCGUGA